CUCAUACAGAGCUUCCGCUCUCUCUCCAGAACAUCAAACCUCGUGGACAUUUGUGAGUCAGAUACUGUCGAGUCAUGAUGGCAACCAAGACUGCGCGUUCAGAUUUCGAGCAUGUCUUCCCAUCCCUGGUGCAAGAUCUACUUGGAGAAGCCAAAAAGUUCAACCUUCCCAACAAUGCACUACAAUGGUUCGAGAAGUCCCUCAACGCGAACACACCUGGUGGCAAGUUGAACAGAGGCAUGUCAGUGCCAGACACUGGCUCACAACUCCUCGGACGGCCUCUAUCCUCCGAAGAAUUCAAAGACCUCGCAACCCUCGGCUGGCUUACCGAACUCCUACAAGCUUUCUUCCUUGUCAGCGACGAUAUCAUGGACUCGAGUAUUACACGCCGGGGGGAGCCAUGUUGGUACCGACAGCCUGGAGUUGGAAUGAUUGCCAUAAACGACGCAUUCAUGCUAGAGUCAGCAAUAUACCUCAUCCUCAAGAAGCACUUCCGCUCACAUCCCGCAUACCUUGGCCUGAUCGAGCUGUUUCACGAAGUAACAUGGCAGACUGAGCUGGGUCAGCUUUGUGAUCUUAUUACUGCUCCGGAAGAUAAUGUUGAUCUCAACAACUUCAGCAUGCAGAAAUACACAUUCAUUGUGAUAUAUAAGACGGCAUAUUAUUCCUUCUACCUGCCUGUCGCCCUGGCACUGCACUACCUUCGAUUGGCCACUCCACAAAACCUGAAGCAAGCACACGACAUCCUCAUUCCUCUUGGAGAGUAUUUCCAGAUCCAAGACGACUACCUUGAUGCGUUUGGCGAUCCUGCAGUGAUCGGAAAGAUUGGAACAGACAUCAAGGACAACAAGUGUGGGUGGUUGAUCAACCAAGCGCUCUCGAUCUGCACACCAGAGCAGAGGAGGCUGCUGGAUGAAAAUUAUGGACAGAAGGACGACGCGAAAGAAGCUCGGGUGAAGGAGUUAUACAAUGAAUUGCAACUGGAGAAGAGAUACCAGGACUAUGAAGAGAAGCGCGUUGGCGAGAUCCGACAGAUGAUUGCAGGCGUCGACGAAAGUGAAGGAUUGAAGCGAGGAGUAUUCGAGGUAUUUUUGGCCAAAAUCUACAAGCGCAGCAAGUAGGCCUCACGUAGACAUCCUAUUGCUGAGAAGCUCGUCAUGUGCUUCAGCAUCCUGAUACCUUGCAGCAUCUGCGCCUAUGUCGCAUUCGCGAUGCGCCUGGCAAACUGCAAAGAAUGCGGGACCAUCCCCCAAUAAUUCGGGGUGCGUUGGGUCCUUGAAAGUGCUACAUCAAUCACAAACGCAGCUUGAGACCUA